AUGUCUCCUCGACGUCCCUGGUCUAAAUCGGAAGACGAAAAAUUGAUCAAGCUCAUCGGGCAGUUUGGGGACCAACGGGGCAGAAACAGCAAAUGGCAAGAGAUCUCCAGAAAUUUACCCGGGAGAACGAAUAAGGAUUGUCGGAAGCGUUGGUUUCAUUCUUUAGAUCCUUCUCUUCGCAAAGGACGCUGGACAAAGGAUGAAGAUAGGCUCUUGCUUGAUGCCUAUCAACGAAUUGGGCCUGCUUGGAAGGAUAUAGCACUUCUCAUCAAAGGACGAAAGGAUGAUCAAUGUGCGAAAAGAUACAAUGACAUCCUUAAUCCACAAGUGCAAAAUCGUCUCAAAGUCUGGACACCCGAGGAAGAUCAAUAUUUGGCGGCCAAAGUGAAACAACUGGGUCAUAAAUGGACUGUCAUUGCAGCAGGCCUACCUGGUCGUCCUCCGCUGACCUGCCGGAAUCGAUGGAGAAAACUGGCCAGAAAUAUCUGUAGUGACAUUGGUUUCUCUCAGGAAAAUUCGCCAAUGCCCCAAUCCUCUACGGAGAAUUCAAGGACUUCGCCGUCGUCUCAGAACUCCGAGAUCUUCAUUUCGUCUCCUGACGCAUCGUCUGACCCCACCACUAUCGACCUCCUAGAUGCCUCUCUGGCAUCUACCGCUCUGCCUUCUGAUUCUUCCCCUUUGGAUGUCAUGUCAUAUCAUCAAUUCCGUGAUCGUUGGAAUCUCCUAUACGGACUGGCCAGCGCACCAGGCAAGCGCUAA